CCGCGGGCCGCACCGCCCGGGCCGGCGCCGCGCGUGGGGGAAGCUGGCGGGCUGAGGCGCCCCGCUCUCCUCCUCUUCCCCGGGCCGCCCUUCUGCCCCGGGCCUGCGAGGCCGCGCGUUGCCGCCCAAGAGAUGAUGCAGGACGUGUCCAGCUCGCCAGUCUCGCCGGCCGACGACAGCCUCAGCAACAGCGAGGAGGAGCCGGACCGGCAGCAGCCGCCGAGCGGAAAGCGCGGGGGGCGCAAGCGGCGCAGCAGCCGGCGCAGCGCGGGGGGCGGCGCGGGGCCCGGCGGGGCCGCGGGCGGGGGCGUCGGAGGCGGCGAGGAGCCUGGCAGCCCAGCCCAAGGCAAGCGCGGCAAGAAGUCUGCGGGCUGCGGUGGCGGCGGCGGCGGCGCGGGCGGCGGCGGCGGCGGCGGCAGCAGCAGCGGCGGCGGGAGCCCGCAGUCCUACGAGGAGCUGCAGACGCAGCGGGUCAUGGCCAACGUGCGGGAGCGCCAGCGCACGCAGUCGCUGAACGAGGCGUUCGCCGCGCUGCGGAAGAUCAUCCCCACGCUGCCCUCGGACAAGCUGAGCAAGAUCCAGACCCUCAAGUUGGCGGCCAGGUACAUCGACUUCCUCUACCAGGUCCUACAGAGCGACGAGCUGGACUCCAAGAUGGCAAGCUGCAGCUAUGUGGCCCACGAGCGGCUCAGCUACGCCUUCUCGGUCUGGAGGAUGGAGGGGGCCUGGUCCAUGUCCGCGUCCCACUAGCAGGCGGAGCUCCCCACCCCCUCGGCAGGGCCGGAG